ACAGCUUAUGCAAAAGCUCCAUCUUACUGGGAAACGAACCCAGUUCCUCUUAUGCACUAUGGGGCAAGAAAGGGUGGUGCCAGCAUAUUCACUCACAGGACUGGAAGUGUCUGGUAUUAAUGGUAAUGUCUUCCAUGAACUCCCUCAAACCCUAACACAAAAGAAAAUGCCCGUAAACACUGAUAACAUUGUUACUGCUGAAACUCUGGUAAAAUGGCCAUACCUGGUAGGGUUAACACCUCCCAAGAUAGAAGCUAACGUAGACCUGUUGAUUGGAAGCAACGCACCAAGGUUGUUGGAACCUUGGGAGGUUAUUAAUAGCCGUGGGAAUGGCCCAUAUGCUAUAAGGACCGUGCUGGGAUGGGUCAUUAAUGGUCUUGUGCAUGGAGAAGACUCCUGUCUUAAUGCUGAAUGUAGGUCAGCUGUAGUUAACAGGAUUUCAGUAUGUAAAUUGGAGGAAAUGCUGAAUAACCAGUAUAAUCAUGACUUUAACGAAAGAGUCACAGAAGAGAAAGGGCUAUCAAGGGAAGACAAGAAGUUCAUGGAUAUUGUGGAAAGAUCUGUAACACUUAAAGACAACCAUUAUCAAAUUAAACUGCCUCUUAAGAAAGACGUGCAUCUGCCCAAUAACUUUGCUGUGGCAAAACAAAGGUUAACAAGUCUAAAACGAAAGUUUCUGCAGAAUGAACAUUUCUUCAAAGAGUACCGCAAUAAAGUCAACGACAUGUUACUCAAUGGUUAUGCAGAGAAAGUACCUACCCAGCAGUUAAGUGGCAGCAGUGGUAAAGUGUGGUACAUUCCUCACCACGGAAUAUAUCAUCCCAGGAAGAAAAGUCUGCGUGUGGUAUUUGACUGUUCUGCAUCAUUUAAAGGAUCAUCAUUGAAUGAACAGCUCCUGCAAGGUCCCAACUUUAAUAGCACACUGAUUGGAGUCCUCCUGAGGUUUCGGCAAGAACCUGUGGCAUUCAUGGGGGAUGUGCAAGCAAUGUACUAUCAAGUUAAGGUUCCAGAGGAGGAUAGAGACCUUCUGCGGUUCUUGUGGUGGCCUGAGGGAGAUCUCACGAAAGAUGCGUCAGAAUUCCGCAUGACUGUCCAUUUAUUUGGUGCGGUAUCAUCUCCAAGCUGUGCCAUCUUUGCUCUGAGGAAAACAGCUGAUGAUAAUCAGGCUGAAUUUCCAGCAGAAAUUCCACAAACUGUCAAAGAAAACUUCUAUGUCGACGACUGCUUGAAGAGUGUAGAAUCUGAGAAGAAAGCUGUAACAAUGAUCAAACACCUGACCACGCUCUGCCAAAAGGGAGGAUUUACCUUGACAAAGUGGGUAAGCAACAGUUGCUAUGUACUGCAAGCCAUGCCACAGGAAUAUAGAGCUAAGGGUGUGGAAGAACUUGACAUGGACCGAGAUGAACUUCCCAUGGAAAGAGCCCUUGGAUUACAGUGGUGUGUUCAGAAGGACACAUUUACAUUCAAAAUGGCACCUUGUCAACGGUCCUGUACUAGACGUGGAAUGCUAUCUGUCUCCAGUUCAGUGUAUGACCCACUUGGUUUCCUGGCACCAAUUCUACUACCUGCAAAGAUAAUGCUGCAAGAAUUGUGCAGAAGAAACUAUGGAUGGGAUGAAACGGUACCUCAAGAGCUACUACACCGCUGGACAAGAUGGAUAGAGGAGUUGGAAAUGCUGUCUAACUUUGAGAUUAAUAGAUGCAUCAAGCCCAAAGACUUUGGAACUGCCAUACAUGCUGAGCUUCAUCAUUUCUCAGAUGCUAGCGAACUAGGAUAUGGGGCAGUUACUUAUCUCAGGAUGCAAAAUAGCAAAAAUGUCAUCCACGUUGCAUUUGUGAUGGGCAAAGCCAGAGUUACACCUUUAAAGACUGUUACCAUUCCCCGUCUAGAGUUAACAGCUGCAGUUCUUGCCGUUCGUAUGGAUCUGAUGCUGAAAAAAGAGCUGCAAAUCCCACUGGCAGAAUCAAUAUUCUGGACAGACAGCACAUCAGUGCUUAAGUACAUAAAUAAUGAAGACAGACGUUUUCAUACGUUCGUGGCUAAUAGGGUCACCAUUAUAAGAGAAGCAACAACAACUUUACAGUGGCGGUACAUUCGUUCCAAGGAAAACCCAGCAGAUGAUGCAUCUAGAGGUCUGAGGGUUGGUGACUUCAUUGAACACAAUAGGUGGAUAGUAGGUCCAAGUUUCUUGUAUAAGUCAGAAGAGGAUUGGCCAGCUGAUAGAGCUGACAUGGUGAUCAAAAUUGAUGAUCCGGAAAUAAAAAGAGAAGUUUUAGUUAACGCAGUAAGUGUAACUGACUCCUCAGAUAGCACCACUCGUUUAAUUGCGCAUUUCUCAGAUUGGAAGAGAUUGAGGGUAGCCGUAGCUUGGUUUCUUAAGUAUAAGCGAAUGCUUCAGGAACGGUCUCACAAGAAGAAGGAGACUAAGACUUCUUAUGUGGGUAUUCAGAGUGUUCCAGUGCCUGAAAGGUGCACUUUGUCCAUUGAAGACAUAAGUGAGGCAGAGCUUGCCAUUAUACGCUUUUGUCAACAGCAACGAUUUAGUGAGGAAAUCGCUACCUUGUCAGCUGGAAAAGGAACUGUGAGUAAGCAAAGCCCUCUGUACAAACUGGAUCCACGUCUGGAUAACGGACUUCUAAGAGUCGGUGGGCGACUAGCCAGAGGUUCACUACCAGAGGAAGCUAAGCAUCCACUGAUUUUGUCCAAAGACCAACAUAUAGCUACUCUCCUCCUGCGAAAUAUUCAUGAACGGCUCGGACAUUGUGGUCGAAACCACAUACUGUCCACAUUACGAAGGAAAUAUUGGAUCACAGGUGCUAAUUCGGCAGUAAGAAAGAUAAUGUCUGACUGUUGUCUCUGCAGAAGACAAAAUGGUCGAAUGAUGCUACAGAAGAUGGCAGACUUGCCCAUGGAGAGGAUUCUUCCGGACAAACCACCAUUCACCAACACUGGGGUUGACUACUUUGGUCCUAUAGAGGUGAAAAAAGGACGAGGCACUGCCAAGCGAUAUGGCGUGAUAUUCACUUGCCUGUCUAGUAGAGCAGUCCACCUUGAAAUAGCCAACUCGUUGAAUACAGACGCAUACAUUAAUGCAAUACGUCGGUUUGUCUGUAGAAGAGGUCAAGUUGUUAAUUUACUGUCUGACAAUGGUACCAAUUUUAAAGGAGCAGAGAAGGAACUCAGAGAGGCACUCCUAACCUUGAACCAGACAAAUAUUGGAGGAAUGCUACAACAAAAGGGCAUCAAAUGGAGUUUCAAUCCUCCUUCAGCGUCGCACUAUGGUGGUGUUUGGGAGCGUAUGAUUCGCAUGGUGAGAAGA